ACCUAAUAAUUUGUUUUGCUAGGUUUUCACGAAUCCUAUGUUAGAGGAGGAUAGACGGCAACAUGAGAAGAAGGACAGAAAAGAUCAUUAUAAACAGAUCGGGGAACUAAUUAAUUCCAGACUAGGUGCUGCUGACGAAGCAAAGACCUUGAAAAAUAAUGAGUCCUGUGAGGUUGAGAAGCUGAGGGGCGAAGUGGAGAAUUUGAAGAAAUCGCAUGCUAUGGCCACCCGAUCAUCUUUGACUACGGUCAACACUCAAGAUGAGGCUGUCAGGCUCCAGCGUGAGUACGAUGAAGCUAAGCGACAGGCACAGGAUGCUAGUGAAAGACGGAUUUCUGCCCUGGAGGAACAAGUUCGCACGUUGAAACGGAUUACGGAAGAGGCGGUCAGCGAAGCUGAAGGGUGGAAGAUGAAGGCUCAGCGCCCGGGCAACAAACGAGGGAGCAUUACGAUUGGUGCUACUCCUAGCCCUCAAGUGCGAACCACACCUAGAUGUGUACCUGCGGCUACGCCUGCGACUGCACGAAGAAGGAACGAGGAUGAUUACAGCGAUCUUAUUGCUCGACAUAUCGAGGAGGUUGAGAUUCUGAAGGAGAUGCGGAUUAAGGAGUUCAACAGAAGAAGAGAAGCCGAACAAGAGGCCGAGAGAAUCAAGGAGGAGAAAGACAGAGAAAUUGAGAAUUUGAAGGUUGCACUCAGCAGAGUGCAAGUUGCCUCAAUGGAGAAACAACGAAACUCGAGAAUGAAGGAGAAGSAAGUUAGAACAGGUGGGACAGAUUUGAGACUGCGACUUGAUGCAGCUGUUGGCGAUGGUGCUGGAUGUUCUGGCAAAGGGAAGGGCAGUACCCCAGCUGCUAUUGGGGWUGGGGUUGCCAAURAACGGGAGAAGUUCMGGAAGGAGGUUAGGRAGGAUYUGAAGAAUCUAAAGAAAGACGCUAUCCAGAAUAUCUGUGAGAAAGAAGGGGUUACUUACACUGUUCUGGAUGAGACGAAGGAAGCAAUUGCGCAGCUACGCACGGGGCUGGCCUAUGAUGAACCUCCACUUGGCAAGCAGAAGGAGGUAGUGAUCGAAGAAUUGACCGAAACCUUUGACAGUCACAGCGAAGACCUUGGCAAAGCGGACGGGGCAGAUGACGCAACUUCUUAGGGUUUGUCCUGAACGCGGCGCGCCUAUGGAAAACAGUAAGAUAUUGCUUCAAUAUUCGUGACUUAUCUAUUGAACGAUUGCGAUGUCGGUUUAUUAAGACCCUUCUCUGCUUGUCCCUUAUUGCGUUGACUUUGGAUGGUCAGAUACCAUGGGCCAACAAAUUCGCUACGUGUUU